CACUCACUUGAUUAACUAUUGAAUUAAUUAAUUAAUUAAUUAAUUAGAUUCUUUCAUUUCCUUCAACUUUUUUCACAUCACACUUCACACUCAUUACUCCCCACUUUCACUCUCAUCAUAUCUGCCCUUCUCCCUUUUAUCACUCACUCACUCACUUCCCUCCUUAAGAUCUGCUUCAAUCACCCUUCAUAAAAAAGAGCUCUCUUUUUUCAUCAGGUGAUUGCAUUGUGAUCUUUCUUUGGAGUAGGGAGUGAGAGUCCAGCUCGCCAUCAUGACCCCCAAACAUGGUGGUAGAUCCCGAGGGUCCAUGUCGAUAUUUAUUGUGCUCGGACUUUGCUGUUUCUGUUACUUACUAGGAACUUGGCAAAGAAGUGGCUUUGGCAAGGGGGAUAGUAUAGCCAUGAAGAUGUCAAAGGUGGCUGAUUUGACAGACUGCGGUGUAAAGUCAGAUUUGGAUUUUGAACCUCACCAUAAAUUUGUUGGGACUUUUGAGUCUUCUGAGGUGAUAGUUAAAAAGUAUGAGGUAUGUGAUGAAAAAUACUCUGAUUAUACUCCUUGCCAGGAGCAGGACAGAGCUAUGAAAUUCCCAAGGGAAAAUAUGAUCUACAGAGAGAGACAUUGCCCCCCAGAUGAGGAAAAAUUGCGCUGUCUUAUCCCAGCACCUGUGGGAUACACAACUCCAUUCCCCUGGCCGAAAAGUCGGGAUUAUGUUUACUAUGCUAAUGUGCCUUAUAAGCAUCUGACUGUUGAGAAGGCUGGCCAACAUUGGGUAGAUUUUCAAGGCAAUGUAUUUAAAUUUCCUGGUGGUGGGACAAUGUUCCCUCAAGGUGCUGAUGCUUACAUUGACGAGCUUGCCAGUGUAAUUCCGAUUGCAGAUGGUACUGUUAGAACAGCAUUGGAUACUGGCUGCGGGGUUGCAAGCUGGGGUGCAUACAUGCUGAAGAGAAAUGUGUUGGCUAUGUCAUUUGCACCACGAGACAAUCACGAAGCUCAAGUGCAGUUUGCAUUAGAGAGAGGAGUGCCGGCAGUUAUUGGUGUACUUGGAAGUAUAUAUCUUCCAUAUCCCGCAAGGGCCUUUGAUAUGGCCCAGUGCUCCAGAUGUUUGAUACCAUGGGGAAAUGAUGAUGGGAAGUCUCUGAUGGAAGUAGACCGUGUUCUGAGACCUGGUGGUUACUGGGUGUUGUCUGGUCCUCCUUACAAUUGGAAGACAUAUCAUAAAGUAUGGAAGCGUACAAUAGAAGACUGCAAAGCUGAGCAGAAGAGAAUUGAAGAUUUGGCUGAGUCUCUAUGCUGGGAGAAAAAGUACGAGAAAGGAGAUAUUGCUAUAUUUAGAAAGAAGAUCAAUGCUGAAUCCUGCAAACAAAAGCCACAGAAUGUCUGCGAGUCACGAAAUCCUGAUGACGUCUGGUACAAGAAAAUGGAAACUUGCGUGACACCUUUCCCUGAGGUAUCAAGCUCAAGUGAGGUUGCUGGAGGCAAGUUGGAGAAAUUCCCUGCCAGACUUUUUGCAACUCCUCCCAGAAUUGCCAAGGGGUUGGUUCCAAGGGUCACCGAAGAGUCAUACCAAGAAGACAAUGCAAAGUGGAAGAAGCAUGUCAAAGCUUACAAAAACCACAAUAGAUUAAUUGGAACAACCAGAUACCGCAACAUAAUGGAUAUGAAUGCAGACCUUGGUGGUUUUGCAGCAGCACUUGAUUCACCCAAGGUUUGGGUUAUGAACGUUGUGCCCAAUAUUGCCGAAAACACUUUAGGGGUGGUAUAUGAAAGAGGUCUUAUUGGCAUAUAUCAUGACUGGUGUGAAGGUUUCUCUACUUACCCAAGGACAUAUGACCUGAUUCACGCUAAUGGUUUGUUCAGCAUGUACCAGGAUAAGUGUGAUUAUGAAGAUAUUCUUCUGGAGAUGGAUCGAAUCCUGCGCCCUGAAGGUGUAGUCAUCUUCAGAGACGCAGUUGACCCACUAAAUAAGGUUAAGCAAAUCGCUCGGGGUAUGAGGUGGGAUCUCAAGUUAAUAGACCAUGAAGACGGUCCGUUUGUGCCUGAGAAGAUACUCUUUGCAGUUAAACAAUAUUGGACUGCCGGUGAAAAGAACAGUACAUCAAGCAGCCAAUAAUUCUUUCAAAGAUCAAAGAACCGGUAUGUCAAAGGAGAAAAGGAAGGAAGAUGUCACCAAGAUGUUAGAGCUCUUAGUCGGAUCACUUUGUGGAAUCGAAGGUGAAAUUCUUGGCAUUAGAAGGUAUUUUUGUUACAUUAUUUGAUGUUAUAGGUAAUUUAUGUUGCUUUCGAAGAAAUGUAGUAUUUAGGUGGAGAAGAUGUAAUUUUGUGGGAAUAGAAGAGUUGUAAAGAGCAUGACCCUUGAGAUCAUGUGAUCGAUCUCUUGCCUAAAAUCCGGUUUAAGGUAUCCACUCGAAGUAUAGCUUGAUAACACAAUGUAAGCUACAAGUAAAAAAAAUCAUAAUGAUCCAUGCCUAAUUUAUGUUCUUCCAUAACUAUAGCCUUUAUAUGCACGAUCCUCCUAAUGUAUCGUCUCUCUA